UAUCGCUUAUUAAACAAUUUAAUAACUGAUUUUAGGAAGAUGAAGGAAGGUUUUAUUACAAUCUCUGGUGGGCCCACCCACGUAAUUACUUGGGGACGUUGGAUAGAAGAGCCUAUGGAUAAUGUGCCCGAGAUUGUGAUAUGUAUUCCAGGUAAUCCCGGCUUAGUUGGCUUUUAUACCGAAUUCCUGCGCUUAUUGUAUGAACAAUUGAGUGAAAAAAUUCCGGUUUGGAUAAUUGGUCACCUAGGGCACGAAGAACCUUCAAAGAAUUGCAAAACGGAAGUUCCUUGCCUUAAGGGAAAUGAAAAAAUAUUUGAUCUAAAUGGACAGUUAUAUCAUAAAAAGGAAUUUAUUCAACGUUUUGUGCCACACAAUAUAAAAAUUCAUUUAAUUGGUCAUUCAAUUGGAGCAUGGAUGGUGAUGAAUUUGUUAGAAUUUCAGGAUAUUCGGCAACUGGUUAAAAAAUGUUACCUUYUAUUUCCAACAAUAGAACGAAUGAUUGACUCAUCGAACGGUUGGAAUUUCACCAAAAUUGGGAUUCCACUAUACACAGUUCUAGGAUUUGUAAUUCCAUUGUUUAAUCGGUUACCAAAAUAUCUUCAAAUUUGUGGAGUACAAAUAUAUUUCUGGCUCUUAAACAUACCGAAGUCGUUUAUUGAAACCGCUUUAGAAUACUCGAAGGCUCCUGUGAUGGAAAAAGUAAUAUUUUUAGCAAAAGACGAAAUGGUUCGGGUACGUGAUUUAGAUCAAAGUUUGAUGGAGAAACAUUUACCAUUGUUAAAGAUGUAUUAUGGUACGACGGAUGGUUGGGUACCAAUCGAGUAUUAUAACGAAAUAUGCAGAAAAUAUCCCAAAAUUGAUGCUGAAUUAGACAAAGAGUCUAUAGAUCAUGCAUUUGUAUUGAGAAACUCGGAGGCAAUGUCUCGAAUAGUAGGUAAAAUGAUUAAAGAACAUUCAGAAAUUUUGAAAUGAAUGCAUAUAUGCAUAUACAUA